GUUGUGGCCAGCUUGUGUACGUGCAGGUUUGGAUACAUGCUGCAGCCACCAGGAGGGGAAGCCCCGCAGGCCUGGGUUAGGUUGCUGGGCGUGGCCAAAGUUGGGGUGCGGCGGCGUGAAGCCGGCCCGCUGGGCCUGGCGGUCCUUAAAUUCUUCCACUUUUCGCUCGGACCAUGCACUCUUACCUGUGUAAGUCAGCAGCGAGCGACCCUGCGCGCUGCCCUCGCGAGGAUCGCGGGCUUCUGCUCGAAGUGGAAAAUGCAGUUGCUCGAUUGCAACCCAGAGGUGGAUGGUCUGAAACAUCUGCUGGAGAUCGGUACUUCGGUCAAUGCACCCCCAGAUCUCUACCAGCAGUCGCCUGUUCACUUAGCCGCAGGCGGGGGUCUCCCUUGCUUUAUCCUCUGGCAGCUGCAAAUGGGCGCUGACCUCAAUCAACAGGAUGCUGUUGGAGAAGCCCCAAUACACAAGGCAGCAAAAGUUGGAAGCCUGGAAUGCCUUAGCCUGCUUGUAGCUGGUGAUGCACAAAUUAAUUUAUGUAAUAAGAAUGGGCAAACUGCCGAAGAUCUUGCUUGGUCAUACGGAUUUCCAGAAUGUGCCAAGUUUCUUACAGCAAUCAAAUGUAUGCAGGCAAUAAAAUCAAGUGAACGAGAUCAUUGUGUUCCAGUCCUCAGGCAGAAACGCAGUUUGGGAAGUGCAGAAAAUAUAUAUGGGAAAAGGAAGUGUUGGUAGGACCGAAGUGCAAACUAAGUUUCAAGAGAGAUAAAGAUGGAAUUCCAGUAUGAAGGAGAAGAACAGUCAGUGUUCUCCCAGAAGCAAGAAUGGAGAGAUGUGGCCACAAAUGAGGAAACGCUGGCAGCCACUAGACUCUGGAAGAGGUCAGGAACAGCUUCCCCACGAGACUGUGGGGAGAGCAUAGUCCUGCAGCCACAGCAAUUUUAGCCCAGUCAGUGAUAACUGAUUCUCACUUCUGACCUCCAGCACUGUAAGGACACAGGUUUUUUUUGUUUGUUUAAAUAGGGGCAUAACCAGCUUAGCACAGGGCUCUGGUGGCCACUCCCAAAGAGACUCCAUUCAGUGAAUGUCUAAUCAGCCAGUGUUUUCGGCCAUCAGGGUUACACUCCGUGGGCACCAAGUCUGGGGCACCAGCUCCACCCUUUUGAGUUCCACCUGGCCUGGGAAUAACUCAAAAAUGUAAAGAGCAAAAAUUAAUGAACUAGAAUACAGGACUUAAAAAAAAACUUAAGAAUGAUACGAAGAAUGAAAAAGGAAACAUUAAUACAACUAUAGCAGAGAGCAAAACCCAGUAAAUGUAAACUCAAGUAAUUUUCAUAAUUAAUAAAAUUGUAUUAACAUUUUUUUUCUGUAAAGAAAUUGUUAGUGAGAUUAGUUUAGCAGAUGAGUUUUACUAAAUGAACCAAGAAAGAUCAUGCCAAUCUAAUAUAAAUUCCUUUAGAACAUUUUUAAGAGUGAACAACCCCCAAAUUUUUCAAUGAGUCAGUAUAUGACUGAUAGAAAUGUCAAAUAAUGGUGACAAAAGAAAAUUAUGAUAAUAUCAUUUGUGAACAGAAAUGCAUGAACCUAACAAAAUACUUGCAAAAUAAAUCCAGCUGGGAACUCCAAAUAAUAAAUAAUAACUAAAAUAGUUUUAUCCCAUAAAAGCAAAUCAAUUAUUAUUUGUAAACUUAUGAUGAAAUAUUUAGAACUGAUGCUAAAAUAUUUGGGAUAAAUAACAUGAUGCUUGUAAUUUUUGCUUGAAUCUGCUCAAUGGAGAAAAUGAGGAGAAAUGAAGCAAAUGUAGCAUAUUGGCAACUGCUGCACACAUGUAAAAAAACAUACAGGAAUGAAAAAAAAAACAUACAGGAAUGUUUAUAGCAUGCUUAUCUAAAUAGCAUAAAAAAAGAAAAAAAACUAACAGGAAAUCAUACUAAGGUACAAUAUAAAGCAAUCAAGAUAAUGAAAGGCAUAUACCAUGGAUAAAAUCUUAGGUACAUAAUAUUGAUGAAAAGGCAAGCUAUAGCAGACUACACAUGGAACUAUAUGACUUUUAUACAGCUCAAAAUCAAGCAAAAUUUUAAAAAAACUAAGUCAUUGAUAAUAAAUACACAUAUGGAGAAAAUGUAUAAAACUGAGGAAAUAAACUGAC